AUGCUCGCUACCGAAUACUCGCCCAGCCCCGCCAAAAAGGCCCACCAGGUCUAUCAACUCGCCUCAGCCAAGCUCAACGGAGAAGCCUGUCGAAGAACACCUGACUUGGGCCGUCUGGUUGCUCACGCCACUAUUAUUGACAAUAUUCGUCGCUGGAGCCGAAGUACUGCCGGUUCGAUAGAUCAGGUUCUUGUAGAACCAGAGCCCGUUGAGGGCUCUGCCUCGGAGGAACGGAUUGGCGAAGGUUACGAUGUUGUUGGAGCCGCUGCUUUCGAAUUUGAAAAUAAUAUUGCAAAAGAAUGGUCUGGCCAUGCUCGCUCAACCGCAAUGGUUAGCGAAAUCUCCGCCCAUGAUGCCGAAGAGCAAAAGUUCAAUCCUAAAAAUCGCCCGGAACUAAAGAGACGGCUACCUCUACCACUAUCCUGGACCUCCACAUGCGAUAAUAAAAAUCAAGCCUGGAGUCAAGAUCGCCCAGUGAUAGUUAGAGAACGAGCGGUGGAAGGCGAAGCUAAAGGUUGGGCACGAUUUUAA